CCUUUUGCACGCAAGAGCAAUAAUAUUUCCAAAAAUUAUUGGACGACAACCUGUUUCUUGUCAUGUUUAGAAUGCAGACGGCGAGAGCGUAUCGUGGCGCAUGGUACGUUUCAUGUCCCGUUGAGAUCAUCGCCGCAACGAUGGCAUCUCUCCACAACAAAAUCCAGACGUUUCAACUCUCCCUGCCCAAAUCUGACAUUUUUCUCGAUUUGGAUAUCAAACAUGAGAAGCAGGAUUCCUUAAGCAAAAUUAACGUCAUAACUCUGGAAAGACCGACGCCAAAAUUGACCAUUGAACCAGAGAAGCCCACCCUUUUUAAGCAAAUCCACGACACAUCUUCUGUUUUAUUAGCAAAGACAAGUAAAUUUGUGGAAAACUUUGUAAACAUUUUAAAUUAUAGAAUUUUUCCGAAACUCUCUAGAUUUCAAUUUUAUUGUGAACUCGUCGUAAGCAACUUGAUUGCUUUGUUGUGCAUUCCCAUCGUGGCGUGUUGGAUGUUACUAAUUUUCAGUGCUCGCCGAGUAGUGGCCAUAUAUUUAAGGUUAAAGUAUGACGAUAAGUAUGAACUAAUGAAUGGGGAGGAUGCCGCGUGGGGAUUUACGAAGCAGUUUCAUGACAAUUGUUUCACCAGUUUGUACAUUAUUCAGGGGAAUUGUUCCAUUGAAAAGAUCCGAAAUAGGAUAAAAACGUCGUUACUUGAUCGUAAGUGGAGUGACGAUGGAAGUAAAGGUGACAAUGUGGAUUUGAAGGAUCAAUAUGUGUACAAGAAAAUGAGGUCGAAAAUCGCACAAAAGUGCGGUUUCUACUGUUGGGAGAAUAUUGGAGACAAUUUUGACAUUGACAAGCAGAUCAAAAUACUGGACUCUGGUUCGGAAAUGGAUCGAGACGGUGUGCUGAAAGAAAUGCAGGAUUUUAUGGACAAUCCGCUACCGAAAGAUUUACCACAAUGGGUUUUGUACAUAAUUCCAAGAUUCAAACAUGACGAUGGAUCGGAAGAAGUUGAUGCUUUUCAAAACCGUAAAAGGCAUUAUGUCAUCAUUUGGAGAAUUAACCACUCAAUAAUGGACGGAUUAAGUGCAAUUAACGCAUUGCAAACUUGCAUAGCUGACGCCCCAGUGAAAAUGAGUAUCGACACGACCAGCCCAGAAUUGAGACCAAAUUGGAAACUUAAAGCUCUACUUUAUUUUCAAAUUGCUAUUUUUGGCCCGAGAUUAUUACUAAAAUCACUUUUAUCUGGGAAUAAGAAUAACUGUUUUCAAGGCCCAGAGCUAACGGGACCAAAAACUGUGAGAUGGUCACGUGCAAUAUGUUUUCAAUCCCUAAAACAAAUCAAGAAUGUGAUGAGCAGUACGAUGACGGCUGUCCUCUUGUCCUCGUUUGGGAGUGCCUUGAGAAAGUUGGCGAUGCAAAAAAAUCUGCCCGUUCCAGGAAAAAUAUUCGGUGGGGCCACCUCCGCAGUUGUUCCAUAUCCAGAUUGUGGACCUCAAAACCGUUUCGCCGUGGCUGGCUUUCCCCUCAAUGUGGGUGACGAGUGUCCAAUGCAGCGACUUAAAACGGCAAAUGAUUCCGCGAUGGAGUUUGGUUGUCCGGCAGAAACCGUGAAAAUUUUUAACAUGAUUCGCUUCACUGGGCUUCAUCCGUGUGUGGUGAUUGAAAAAGUUAUGAAUAGUUUGCAAGCUACGUUUCUACUCAGUAAUAUUCCAGGUCCAGCAGAGAGAUAUUCCAUGUUUCAGGGAGACGAACUUGUUGAUCUUAUGGGAUGGAAUACCAUCAAAGGAAAAACUGGCAUUGGGCUAUGCAUGUUGACCUACGCAGCUAAAAUUAGAAUCGCUUUUGUCGUGGAUGGUGCUGUUCUGUCAAAUCCAGUGGACAUUGAAACGCUGAUAGAAGAUUUUGAACAAGAACUUUUGAACUUGGCUCGAACAUGCGGAAUUCGGAAAGAACUCGUAUUUUUGGACAAUAACUAAAAAUUGUUUUACAAAAAUAAAGAUAAAAUAUAAUAAUAAACCUAAGUAAAAGUUAUUGAGUAUGAAAAUGUGAAAUGCUCUCGUAUGGAUUCCGGUUUUACAUGCCUUAUAUGCUCAUACAUACAAAAAUAAACAGAACUUUUUACGUGA